CCUGCCCUGCCCGACAGUCAGUCCCUCUCCUGGAAGCCUGCUGGUGAGGUUAGGCAGCUCCCCUGUCACUGUUCUCUACAGAGCAGAGAGGAGCCCCCUCUCCCACCAGGCAUUUCAGCCAGGACCCGACUGCAAGCUGCAGAACCCCAGGCUUGCCAGGACCCGAAAGGCAGAAGACUUGGGGACAUCCCGAGGAUCUGGGUGACAGGCAGACAGAGCUCACGGCCUGAGGCUGCGCUUUCCAUUCUGCCCGCCCUGAGCCCAGUGGAGCAGCAUGCCCAGACCGCCCAGGUUCCAGCCAGACGCCAGCUGCACCCACAGCAGGAGACACUCUCGCCUGUGGUCAGUGGUCUGGGCCUCCCUGAGGAAGACUGCGAUCAUCCUGUGGCUGCUGCUGUCUGGCACCUCCCUGUCCCCCAUGAGGGGACAGGCCAAGAUUCCCCUGGAAACAGUGAAGCUGUGGGCAGACACCUUCGGCGGGGAGCUGUAUGACACUGUGACCAAAUACUCGGGUUCCCUCUUGCUGCAGAAGAAAUUCAAGGAUGUGGAGCCCAGUCUGAGGAUCCAGGAGGUGGAUGGCUUGGAGCUGGUGCAGAAAAUCUCAGAUGACAUGGAGACCAUGCUACGCAGGAAAGUGGAGGCUGUCAAGAACCUGGUAGAGGCCGCCGAGGAGGCUGACCUGAACCAUGAAUUCAAUGAAUCUCUGGUGUUUGACUAUUACAACUCAGUCCUGAUCAACCAGAGGGAUGCAAAUGGCAACUACGUGGAGCUGGGGGCUGAGUUUGUCCUUGAAUCCAAUGCUCACUUCAGCAAUCUGAUGGUGAACACAUCCCUCAGCAGUGUGCAGCUGCCCACCAACGUGUACAACAAAGAUCCAGCUAUUUUAAAUGGAGUCUACAUGUCUGAAGCCUUGAACCCUGUUUUUGUGGAGAACUUCCGGAGAGACCCGACACUGACCUGGCAAUAUUUUGGCAGCUCCACUGGAUUCUUUCGGAUCUAUCCAGGCAUCAAAUGGACGCCUGAUGAGAAUGGAGUCAUUACCUUCGACUGCCGGACCCGCGGCUGGUACAUUCAAGCCGCUACUUCCCCCAAGGACAUAGUGAUUGUGGUGGACACCAGUGGCAGCAUGAAGGGGCUGCGGAUGACGAUCGCCAAGCACACGGUCUCUACCAUCUUGGACACGCUGGGAGAGAAUGACUUUGUUAAUAUCAUUGCGUACAGUGAUUACAUCCAUUACAUCGAGCCUUGUUUUAAAGGGAUCCUUGUCCAGGCAGACCGAGACAACCGCGAGCAUUUUAAACAACUGGUGGACAAGCUGAUGGUUAAAGGUGUGGGGGUCGUGGACCAAGCUCUGAGGGAAGCCUUUCAGAUCCUGAAGCAGUUCCAAGAUGCCAGGCAAGGAAGCCUCUGCAACCAGGCCAUCAUGCUGGUCACCGAUGGGGCCAUAGAGGACUAUGAGCCAGUGUUUGAGAAGUAUAACUGGCCGGAUUGCAAGGUCCGAGUUUUCACUUACCUUAUUGGGAGAGAAGUCACUUUUGCUGACCGCAUGAGGUGGAUUGCAUGCAACAACAAAGGCUACUACACGCAGAUCUCCACUCUGGCAGAUGCCCAGGAGAACGUGAUGGAGUAUCUGCACGUGCUCAGCCGCCCCAUGGUCAUCAACCAUGACCACGACAUCACCUGGACGGAAGCUUACAUGGACAGCAAGCUCUUCACCUCGCAGGCACAGAGCCUGAUGCUCCUUACCACUGUGGCCAUGCCGGUCUUCAGCAAGAAGAAUGAAACUCGGUCACACGGCAUUCUCCUGGGGGUGGUGGGCUCUGAUGUGGCCCUGAGAGAGCUGAUGAAGCUGGUGCCUCGGUACAAGCUCGGAGUGCAUGGCUAUGCCUUUUUGAAUACCAACAAUGGCUAUAUCCUCUCACAUCCUGACCUCCGACCCCUAUACCGAGAGGGAAAGAAACUGAAACCCAAACCUAACUACAAUAGCGUGGAUCUCUCUGAAGUGGAGUGGGAAGACCGAGCUGAAGUCCUGAGAACAGCCAUGAUCAAUGGGGAAACGGGUUCUCUCUCCAUGGAUGUGAAAGUGCCACUGGACAAAGGGGAGAAAGGCACCCCUCCAGCCAUCGCCCUGAAGCUAGACAACUCAGCUCCUACCCAGAUUUCCCUGGCACUUUUCAAGCUGCUGUCCCAGAGCUGGAGCUCAGAGCAAAAGAGAGUUCUUUUCCUGACCAAUGACUACUUUUUCACAGACAUCAGUGACACACCUUUCAGCCUGGGAGUGGUGCUGUCCCAGGGCCAUGGAGAAUACAUCCUCCUGGGGAACACAUCUGUGGAAGAAGGUGGGUCAGCACCAAGUACUGAUGGACAGUUUAGAGGGGAAAUGGAUGCUCCUGGGAUGCUAAGCAGGGCCAACCCCAGGCAGAGAUGGUUUGAGAGCCUCCCAGAUCGCAGGCUUGAAAGCAGCCUCUGGGAGCAGGGCUGCCUGGUUAGGAGGGGUCUGUGUGUCUCGGGCACCAGGCGUGUGAGACCAGCCAAUCAGCCAUCAAAACGACAGAGCCUAACAGCAUUGUCAGAUUCUGGGCGGCUUUGUGGACAGAGGGGCCUCAAGGGAACGUGCUUCUGGGAACAGACUCCUGCUGGCCCCAGGGAGUCAGAGCGUGUGGCAGACAUGGCCUUCCUGGGCACCCGGGCUGGCCUCCUCAGAAGCAGCUUGUUCGUGGGCUCUGAGAAGCUCUCUGACAAGAAGUUCCUGAGCCCUGAAGAUGAAGCCAGCGUGUUCACCAUGGACAACUUCCCUCUGUGGUACCGCCAGGCCACUGAGCAGCCUGCUGGCAGCUUUGUUUUUAACAUCCGUUUGGCAGAGGGACCAGGAAGUCCAGGCAAGCCAGUGGUGGUAACAGUGAGCACAGCUGUAGCGGUGACAGUGGACAAGAAGACAGCCAUUGCUGCAGUGGUGGGCAUCCAAAUGAGGCUGGAGUUCCUGGAGCGCACAUUCUGGGCAAGAGGUCCCAGGAGAGUGACCAUGUAUGACUACCAGGCCAUGUGCAAACCCCCAAAUCACCACCACAGUGCCGCCCAGCCCCUGGUCAGCCCCAUCUCUGCCUUUCUGACUGCGACCAGAUGGCUGAUGAACGAGCUCUUGCUGUUCCUGCUGGAGUGGAGUGCCUGGAGCUCCUGGCAUGCAGACAGCAGGGCCGAGGCCAAAGUUGUCUUCCAUCACUCCCACAAGCACAAGAAGCAGGACAUGCUGCAGCCCUGCGACACCGAGUACCCUGUGUUUGUGCACCAGAGGGCCAUCCAGGAAGCCAACGGGGUCAUCCAGUGUGGGGCCUGCCAGAAGAUAUUUGUGAUGGAACAGAUUCCCAAUAGUAACCUUCUCCUCCUGGUGACAGACCGCACCUGUGACUGUAGCAUCUUCCCGCCGGUCCUGCAGGAGGCUACAGAAGUCAAAUAUAAUGCCUCUGUCAAGUGUGACAGGAUGCGCUCCCAGAAGCUCCGCAGGCGACCGGAUUCCUGCCAUGCCUUCCAUCCAGAGGAGAACGCCCAGGACUGUGGCGGCACCUCAGACACCCCAGCCUCGCCCCCACUGCUCCUGCUGCCUGUGUGUGCCUGGGUGCUACCAUCCCAGCUGCUGCGAUGACCCACCCAGUCUGACAUCUGUUUUGACAAGGUGAUCCUUCCAGAGACAUUUUAAAGAGUCAGCAACUGACGUGGGGUCCAGCUCACUGCAGCUGGGUUGUCACCCACAUCAGCGCUCGUUCCCCUGCUUCCCGAGAUGGCUGGACGGAACCAGAAACUGCUUCUCAAGACCUUCCAGAGAGCCUGCGACCGCCCACCCCGUCUUCAUGGGCAUUCUCCCAUCCUUCCUUCCUCCUUUCCAGGAGUCUAGCAUGAGCUCAGCUUGGACCAAGACAAAAGAAUUUAGUUCUAUCUAUUCUCCAGAAGUCCAGACCCAGCCAAAGAAAAGGUCAGCUGUUUCUAAUGAAUCUGGCUGGUCUUCAGUAGAACCCAAAGACUUAAAGGUACUGAGAUGGAGGAGCAGAUGGAGACCAACAGCAGAAAUGAGACAAAGGCAAGAACAAGCCCCCACCUGAAACACAGCUUCCUGAAAGUGAGGUGCAUGGUGGGGGCAGCUCGGUUUCCUUUCUGCUGCCCAAAAAAGUUGUGUGUGUGUGUGUGUGUGUGUGUGUGUGUGUGUGAGAGAGAGAGAGAGAGAGAGAGAGAGAGAGAGAGAGAGAGAGAGAGAGAGNGAGAGAGAGAGAGAGAGAGAGAGAUGGGAAGGCAGGGAAGUGAACUGUAGUGGGAAAGACCCAGAAUCCUUUUGCGUCAAUAUGGCUACAUGUGAUGUCUGCAAACUAUUGCUAUUAAAAAACUUCUAAAAACAUCUUUGCAAAGCCCUAACUCAAAGGAAAUUUUGCAUCUCUCUAAGAAAAAGCCGACAGGGUGAGAUACACAGCUGCUGCACUGGAAGAUAAUGCGAGUUCGGCGGAGGCGGUUGGAAUAGCUGUGCCAAGCCAAGAAGUCCCAGGAAAAGAGCAGUCCUUCCCAGUGGCAUGGGUAGGGGUCUCCUGAGGCCCUAAGAGGGCCAAGUCCCAUGAUGGUCUUUUUCUGGCCACUGAUCUACAAAAGAGACUACCUGGCUCUGGUCCUGGGAUGGAAGUUUUGAGAACCAGUUUGCCAAGCAGAGUCCACCGGGAAGGAAGCUAAAUCUGGGAACUCACACUCCACACGCACACCACCUCCAGGGUCUUGUGGCCCUGGAAUUUCCUCCCUCCCCCAGACCUCUCCUGAAAGACAGCAGGCAUUGGGGGAACCCCUUCUCAGCCAGCCACAACUUCAAGGUACAAGUAUCCCACUAGCAAUCGGCCACUUCUCUCUAGAGAAAGCCAACUCAAUAAAACCCAUUACGUUAUUUGUAAAAUGCCCUAUAUUAUCAACCACACAAUGGUACUUCCACCACCGUUUACAUCUCACAACAAUCCUGUGAGGUAGGCAUGACAGUCUGGUUACAGUUUAAGAAAUCGAACCUCAGAGACCAACUCAAGCUCACUCACUC